AUACAAAAAAAAUGAUGAACAUAGUAACAAUCUCAUUUCGCCAUCAUUACCAAUCUUUUUAAACUAAAGUUUGUGAAGAUUAACAUUCUUUGUUAACAUGAGACAUUUGCACUAUAUAGUAAUAUAGUUUUACUUCAAAUGAUUAAAAGUUAUAAUAUUGAAACAUAUCUUCCUAUAACAAUAUAUGCUACUCAUAUUUUGUAAACACAAUCUUUUAAGAGUGAAAGCAAUCAAAAUCUAUUUAAUAAUAAUCAUACUUUAUUUGUCAAGUCAAUUUUCUAAACUUCCUCACAAUUAACAUUGUUGUUAAACUCUUUAUUUAUUCUCUGGUUGUUGUUGGUGUUGUUCUUGUUGUACAUACAUUCAUAAUAUUUUAUUUCAUAUAAACUGAUUAACUAUCUGAUAAUUUUUAACCUAAAUAUAUUUAUGCCAAAAUGUAUAUCAUCUGAAGAAAUCAAACUUCAAUACUAAUAAAAAAUAAAUAAUCUACAUACUGGUUUAUCAUUCAAAUGAAUGACAUAUAUCAAUGUUUUCAAAUGAAUACAAUGGAAAAUGUAUCAAAUGAUUUAAAUUUGUGCUCAAAUGAAUCAAGAAAAUUAAUGAAAACAAAUAAUCCUUAUCGUAAACUUCAUUAUUCAAAUUCUUUCAAUUCAGAAAUGUUUAAUGCAUUUAACACUGAAAUGUAUUACACUAAUUCUAAUAAUAAAACUAAUUCUACUACUGAUAGUAAUAAUGUUGUUAAUAAAGACGAAAUAAUCAAAUGUUCAAAUGAUAUUGUUGAAUCAAAUAAACUGAAUCCUAUUUUAGCCAUAGCAAGUCAUCAAUGGUUUGAUCGAUUAUUUCAAUCAAAUUCAUAUGCCGGUAAUAAUAAUGAUCAUCAUCAUCAUAAUCAUACUAAUAGUAAUCAGAGAUCAUACAGCCAUCAUCAUAAUCGUCAUCAAAUAUGUACUAUGAAUUUUGAAUCAUCUCAUGAACAUUUUGGGCGCACCAAUUUAAAUUCAAAUUAUUCAGAAUGUUGUCAAACAAAUGAAGAUAAUUUACUUACAACUCAAACACUUAUUAAUAAUUUGGAAUUGACUAGAUUUGGUGAAAUACAUAAUUGUAAUAAAACUAUUGAUAAUAAUAGUAACAAUAAUAAUAUUGACAAUAGCAAUGAAAUUAAUGAAACCAGUGAUGUGAUAAACAAUCGUACAGAAACUGAUUUUAAUAAAAAUACAAAGUAUGGUUAUAAUUCAUCAGAUGACAAAAGUCCAAUAGGCCCAAGUCGAUUGAAAACCCAUUCAUCGAAUUUAGAUUAUGAAACUGAAUUAAAUUAUAAUACAAAUCAAUUUUCAAAUUAUCCAAACUAUUUAAAUGAAUUCAAUAAGAAUGAACUGAUGGAAAUGGAAAAUAAACAGCAUAUAUUAACUAUCGAUGGAAGUGAUAGUAGUAAUACUAGUACAAGUUGUAAAAAUAGUAAUAUUUGUUCAAAUCGAUUACGUACAAUAGUAACAAGUGAAUUGAACGAAAACUCAAAGAAAUCGCGUUUAUAUUUUGGUAAUGAAUUUAAAACAAAGCAAAUAAAUAACAGUCACAAAUUGAACAGCUUAAUAACCACGGAUAAAAGUUACCAAACAUCGUUUGAAAGUGCAGAAAUCAAUGAUUCUUGUUUAAAUCCUAUGGUAACAAAUCAUGAAAACUUCAAUUUGUACAAUAAUCGAUCAUCCACAACACCGUUACAUAAGUCAUCAUCAUCUUCUCCACAACAACCAAAUUCACAAAAAAUGUUGAAUAAUGAAAUUACAACUACAACAUCCAUAUUGGAGUGGCAUUCAACACCUGAGAGUGAUAUGUUAGAUAACAUCAAGGCCGACAAUAAUAAUAAUGAACAAUUAUUAUUAAAUUAUAAAUCUCAGUCUGCUAAUCAAUGUUCAGAUUCGAUGUACAAUAGCUCAUCGUUCGUAAAUAACACUAGUAAAAAUAAUAAUAAGAAUAGUGCUUAUGAAAAGUUAAUCAAUCAAACAGAUGACCAUUCACCACCAUUAUCUUAUUCAUCCCAAUCAACAGAGAAUUUAAAUGAUGAUUCAGUGCGAACUAGUCAUCAACAUACUUUGCAUUCACAACCUCAUCCGAUUGAAAAAUCACAUUCAAAUUUCGAUAAUGAAUGUAUGUGGAAAGAAAAUGAUCAACAUGUUGAUUCUUUAAGUUUUGAUAAUGAAAUUAAUUAUAUUAAAAAUCAUUGGAAUUCAAAUCAUAAUUUACUUAUGAAUAAACUACGUUUUCAUAGUAACAUAACAACACCAACCACUACAUUACCUAAUGCUACCAAUAACAGUAGCAAUGAAUUAAACUUUAAUGAACAUACUAGUAGCUUUGAUACGAUGAUCCCAUGUAUAUCACAUAAUUUUUUAACCAAUUUCACUAGAACAUCAUAUGAUACUGUCCAAUCGAAUUUUACACAGGAGAAUUUGUAUGGUCUAUCAUCUAGUAACUUGAAUACAAAUGGAAAUAUGGUGGGAGGUUUUGCAAAUACUAAUAUUUUCAAUAUAGAUAACAACAGUCAUCCUGCAUCAGUGCCAUCCAACACUCAUAAUAAACUUGAAGAUGAAUAUGACUGCGCAGAACACUGUUUAGGCACAUAUAAUCAUGCCCAUCAGCAACACCGUCAUCAUCAUAGUCAUAAUCAAUUUAUGACCAUCAACAACUGUGGUAACUGUGAUUACAAUUUAAACUUUCCAAAUGAUGUCACCUUGGCAGCAGGAACAACAACAAAUAAUUUCAAAACAAGUUUAAAUUGUUAUUUAUUACCACCCAUAAAUGGUUUUAAUGGUAGCACUGUUGAUAAUAAUCACUCGCAGUUGACAGACGGUAUAGUAGCACCAAACUUUAAGACUCGUUUAAAUUCGUCAAGUGGAUAUUCUUCACAAAAUUUUACACAUUCUACUAUUUUGGGUUGUAAUCAUUCAAAUUCAUCAAUUUAUCGUCAUCCAGUUGAACUGGAUUAUAAUCCAAGAGAGUUGGAAGCAUUCUCUGAAUUGUUCAAACAAAGACGCAUAAAACUUGGUGUCACACAGGCUGACGUUGGUAAAGCACUUGGUAAUUUAAAAAUAUCUGGUGUUGGGUCAUUAUCUCAGUCAACUAUAUGUCGUUUUGAAUCACUAACCCUAUCACAUAAUAAUAUGGUUGCACUGAAACCUGUUCUACAAGCAUGGCUUGAAGAAGCUGAAGCUGAAGCAAGUUCACGAUUGAAUCAUCCAAAUAUUUAUGACUUGGACGAAGAAAGAAGACGCAAACGAACUUCAAUAACAGAUUCAGAGAAAAGGUCACUUGAAGCAUUUUUCAGUAUUCAACCACGUCCAUCAUCAGAGAAAAUUGCACAGAUCGCAGAAAAAUUAAAUUUAAAAAAAAACGUUGUCAGAGUUUGGUUUUGUAAUCAGCGACAAAAACAAAAACGAAUGAAAUUCUCUACACUUGGCAUGUUGCAUCACUCUGCAACUCGAACAUAAAUUAGAUUAAGCAGGUAGAAAUAGAAAAAACUAACAUAACAUUGGUAAAAACCACCAAUAAUGUUAAUAUUAACAAAAAAUUAAAUAUCUAUCACAAUCGAUUAUUUUGGCUAAGAUCACCAUUAUCCUUAAUAUUAAUAACUAUGUAUCCUUUCGUUGGUUCUUUUAGUUUCAAGUUUUUCUUUCUCUUCGUUAGUGAUCUGAGUCUUUACAUCAGUUCUAAUCAAUGUUUGUGUGUAUACAUCACUUUCCUAAAUUCUAUUACUUUCUGCUCUUAUUAUUUCACUUAAGUUUGUAAUUAAAAAUAAUUACGUUGUAAGCUGGUAUAUUUGUGAUAUUUCAUUAAAUAAUCAUGUUAUUAUAGCGUAUCAACGUGAAAUAUACGAUCAUGUUACCGUAUUUUAAUUAGCAACUUAUAAUAAUAAAAAUGUAUGAAUUUUAU